UUGAAUGGAUCUACUUUCCUAAUUUCUCCAGCGAAUUAUGCUCCCUGUUGUUCACUACAGUACAUCCUCUCACCCUUUUUUUCAGAUGCUUCAGCCGUAGAGCAGUUCGUCCCGACUCCGGCCAAGCCGAGCCUCCAGUUCAUAAAGCACGUUAAACCCGACAGCCCUGCUGCCGAGGCUGGACUUCGCCAGGGCGACUUUGUCAUCAAGGUAAUUCUCUCUUUCUCCUUUCUACCUGCCCCGCCCAGACUGUCUCUCCCUCUGUCCAGUAUCAGCCUGCCACGCCCUCUCUGA